AUGGAUACUGCGGCACCAACCCACCCCCCACAACGGCGCCGCAUCCGCCUCGCCUGUCACGCGUGCAAACUCCGCAAGCGCAAAUGCGACGGGAAUGAACCGUGCGAUUCCUGCUCGCGAUAUGACUACCGCUGCUUCUACGAAAACCAGCCCCGGAAGAAGCCUGUCCGACGAGCCAUCCGUUCACCAACGACCGCAGACCCCGUCCCAACCGCAACAGAGACUGCUACGCAGGAAAUCACCCAGCAAAAACCAGCGGCCAGCCCCGGAGACAGAUACAUGGAAGCAAACUCGGGCGUAUCCUUCCCGCACGUCCUGGGCCUCGAUCUAAGCACGCAAAAACUCCAGCAGCAGGGGCUCGGCUGGAAUCUGGGGAUCCGCAGGAACCCGCAGCGCUCGGAGAAGAGCAUUGUGUGGAUCAUGUCGCAGGACGAGUGGCGCCGGUUCUUUGACGUCUACAUGGAUAAGGUCCACCCCGUCUACGAAUUUGUCGAUCUCGAGCAUGUUGCCGCGAACGCUGCCCGGCGCUGGGAGGAUCCUUGCGCGACGAAUGGCUACGAUGGUACGCUCUGCGGCAUUGCCGCGCUCGGUUCGCUGUUCUCGCCGCAGCAGCAGUCGGUGGGCGGUACUGCUGGGACCGAACAGCAGGAACGACAUCUCGUCGAAUGCGCGCGGGAUAUUCUCGAGACGACGAGUACGAUCGCCAGCCCGACGCUGGCGGAUGCCGAGGCGUGGGUUCUCCGGACGCUAUACCUCCGCUGCAAUAGCACCCCGCAUGCAGCGUGGGUUGCGAGCUGCACGACGAUGCAUAUUGUCGAGGCAAUUGGGCUUCACCAGGCAGAGGGGUCCAAUGGUCUCGUCUCUUCAACAGCGGCUGGUUCAACCGCUGCCGCCGGUGGUCGCCAGGCUGCUUCGCGUACAAGGCGCCUAUUCUGGAUCGCCAAGCUGCUGAAUACAUGGAUCUCAUUCGAGUAUGGACGGUCUCGGGUCAUAUUGCAGGGUGAGUCUCCGUGCGACGAUGCGGCGGCAACCAAAGGCAGCCCCGGCACCGAUGCCACGGGCGACCUCCUCGUGCUCUUCCAAAUGUCCGAGAAGCUCGACCCCGGUUCUCAAAAAGUCGCCGAGGUCGCAGAUCUCCAAGGAAUGCUGCACCAGUUAGCCAGCUAUACCUUUUCCUCCGACGCCGUCAUCCUGUCGCAGGCCGUCCUCGCCUUUACAAUCUAUCGCCGCCUCCGCCUCUCCAGUCCCGCACGGCUAGAACCCACCGUCAUGAACCACGUCCUCACCCUCGGCCGAAAGGGCCUGGACGCAUGUACGCGCUGCAUCGGCAAGCACUGUCCCUGGUGGCACGUCACCUACGUUCCGUUCCAGUUCACCUGCGUGCUUCUCGCGAUGGACACGCAGGAGAGCGUAGCACAGGUGCGCGACGCCCUGUCAGCUCUGAAGAGCGCCGCGGCCGGCUUCGGGGGCGUGAAGCCCGUUCGUGCGUAUGAGGCGGCGGAACGUCUAGUACGGCGCUUCCAGCGGCGCAAGGAAGGGGAUGCGGAGGUGCUCAGGCAGGCUCUGGGGGACGUGGGCAGGGAAACGGAGCAUGAGCAUGCCGCGACGGAUACGUCGUCAUCGACGGUGUGCGGGCGCCAGGGUGGCAGCAGUGGUCAUGCUCCCGACGGUGACUAUGCGUGGUUUGACGGCGUGUUGACGGGGCAAUCGGACUCGACUAUCAGCAGCGACUGGGACACCCUGAUUCAGGACCCGUUGGAUUUCUCGAGCAUGUUCCUUCGAUUAGGGGGUUAG